UCGGUGGGGCCACGCUGACCAUGCUCAGGAGCUUCUGUCUCCAGCUCAUGUCCUUGGUUUGGAUACUCUUGGCCCAUCACCAGCUUGCCCAAGGUGAUGACUGCAGUGAGCGCUGUAAUCUUGCCCACGGCUGCUGUGACCAGGAUGGGAAGUGCAGGUGUGAUCCAGGCUGGGAGGGCGAGUACUGUGAGGAGUGUGUGCGUAUGCCGGGCUGUCUCCAUGGGACGUGCCACCAGCCUUGGCAGUGUAUCUGUCACACCGGCUGGGCCGGCAAGUUCUGUGACAAAGACAUACACAUCUGCGAACAUCAGUCCCCAUGCCAAAACGGGGCUCAAUGCAUCUACGAUCGAGAUGGGGAAUAUUCCUGCCUGUGUCCAGAAGGCUUCCACGGGAAGGACUGUGAGAUGAAGACGGGGCCAUGUGAGAAGGCAGGGUCUCCAUGCAAGAACGGGGGGCAGUGUCAAGAUGAAAACGGCUUUGCCAGCAAUUUCACCUGCCGGUGCCUUGCUGGCUUCGUGGGAGCUCUCUGUGAGAAUGACGUGGAUGACUGCCUCAUGCGUCCCUGUGCCAAUGGUGCCACCUGCCACGAUGGGAUCAACCGUUUCUCCUGCCAGUGCCAGGUGGGCUUCGAAGGGCGUUUCUGCACCAUCAACAUCAACGACUGUGCCAGCCAGCCGUGCAAAAAUGGGGCAAAGUGCUACGACCGCAUCAAUGACUAUGACUGCUUGUGUCCUGACCGUUUCACUGGCAAAACCUGCGAGAUCUCUGUGGCCAAGCCCACCUGGGCUCCCCCGUACCACCCUGUGAACCAUGAGAAUGGUGGAAGCGUGAAAAGCACCACCAGUGAGAUGCUGGGGGUGACGCAGCCAGAGCCUGUCAGGACCGUGGUCACGGGGCGGCGCGUGGCCAACCACAGUGAGAAAGAGGGGGGAGGGUUGUUGAAAAUCUCUGUGAAGGAGGUGGUGACCCAAAGGGACUCAGGGCUGAGCGAAGCCCAGCUGGUGACAGUGCUGGUGUUUGGAGUGCUGACGGCGGUGCUGGUCCUCAUCACUGUCCUGCUAAUGCUGAGGAACUGGCAGAGGGGCCGUCAGAGAUCAAACUGGUGCCAAAGCCCUUCUCAGGCUGCAAGGAAGCUCCAAGACCAGGAGUGUCAGGUGGGCAUGCUCAACACCAUCCUGAUCGAGCCCAGGAAGACGACGGAGCUGUGAGCUUUGAGGACUCUGAGCCGGGCCCUGGCAGGUCGUCAUGCUGGCAAACCCCUCGAACUGCACCCUGUGGAGCCGUGCUGGCACCAGCUAGGCAGUGGGGAAGGGCUCCCAGGGCAGCGAAUGCGUCAACAAAACCCCUGGGCAUCGAGCAUUGGUGUGAUGGCCCUGCCUGGGUCUGAGCUGUCGGCGCAGCCAGCACCCACGGGCACCCAUGGGCACCCGAGCGCAGGGCUGCGCUGGGGCAGCUCUGCAGGGGAGCAGUGACGUGACGCCUGCAGCCUACACCACACAGCGCCCGUAUCGUCUGACACAAGCUCUCAGAGACAGGACGGGCAGUGCCGGGGAGGGCACAGCCUUCUUGCAAGCCCACAUUCUGCCAGGCCCUUUGUAACUCCUCGCUGUGACUGUAGGAAGGGCUUUUGUCCUCAUUUCCACUGGUGUUGGAGUGUUUCUUCUCGGGUCUUGGGGAUGGUCGUGGCCACACAGGCCUCCCCGUCCUGGUACUGCGUGGGGUGGCUCCCAGCUGUUGCUGGAGGCUGUCAGUUCAGAUGCUAUGUCCCAAGGGAGCGAGCAAACCAACACCCUUGCUCCCUGGCCUUGAGGUUCGGUGGGCCAGUUCAAAGAGACUCUGGAGAUCAUUUGGGGUCUCCUUGUGCCCUUCUUCUGCCCUGGUGAUGCCCCCUCCUCUUGCUGUCAGACCUGGGGUUACAAACACAUGCUGUACUUUCCUCCUGAUGAUCCAGGGGUCUUCUCACCCCACUUUACAGAGCCGUCCUUUCUGGUCUAGCCACAAAUGACCGAGCUCCUUCCCCUCUCCAGCAUGCACAUCUGCCUCAGUGUUUGCUGACAAGGAGGAGCAUGGUCUGCUCCCCUCUGGGCCUGAGCUGGUCCUUCUCACAUGCCCUCGCAGCUGAAAUGAGAUGGACAAGGCUGGAGAUGUGCUGUGGCUGGUUCAGGAGCAAUACACGAUCCAGAUCCUCCUUUCCUCUCCCAGUCACUCCAAGGCAGGCAGCUGGUACCAACCCCCACAUCAGCCAUUGUAGCAUUUUUUGAUACAACAAAGGCUAAGCUCCCCACAGUGGAUGGAUGUAAGGGCAGGCUGCUGAGCCUGGGCUGGCCAUGGGAAGCAGACACAAUACCACCUUCUUCACCAUCGCUAAAGCACAGCUAAGAGGCAUUAGACGGCCAUGUCACUCAGCCUUUGUACUAGGUCUGCCUGUGCCGGUGUGUGGCGUGCAGCAAUCCACGUCUCUGCCAGGUUCUGGGUUUUCUGUGCCUCCUCAUGGGCACAGAGGGCUAAACCGUGGGGUAGAAAACCCCAUAACCCAAACCCUACUCCUGUAGGGUUGCAGAGCUGGGUUCAGGAUGGUGUGAAGACAGCAGAGGAACAAGCAUUCAGCCAGGAGGGAGACCUGGGAAAGGGGACUGGGGCUUCAUCAGAAAAAUUAUUUUUUUAAUACAUGGAUGAAUGAUGUACCUUUAUCAAAUAAAACAAAUACAAGUGCAGAAACAGUGUAUCAGAGAAUUAUAAAAUAAUGUAGUUUGCAAGGGACCUCUGGACACCAACCUCCUGCUCUCAGCAGAUCCAGUUAGAUCAGGCUGCUCAGCCACUUUUUCUGGAUGAAGCACCACUACUUCCCUCAAGAAUGCAAACCCAGAUUGUGGCAUAGGA